GGAGGCGAGAGGAGUGCAGGGCAGGGCAGAGCAGGACAGGGCAGGGGAGAGGCAGGCCGGUGGGUGCCGGCACGACAGGAACGAGGCGCAAGGGCGCUUAGGCGCAGUCCAGACCGAGUGCAGGCAGGGGGAGGGGUAAGACAAUCUAUCGACUAUCUAAACUAUCUACUUUGUCUCCGGAACGGAGGACCCUUUGUCGGCUUAUUGAGAAGCCAUCGUGGCGUCGCUUCUAUUUUAACUUCUUCAUAUCUCCGUCGACGGAAUGGAGGAAUGACGUUUUGGUUCGCCAAGCAACAUCUUGCCAACCUGUUUGUUGCCGUUCGUCUCACCACAUGUGGUGAGGAUGAUCAUGCAUCUGCUGAUUCUACUCCGGGACAGGUCUAUCUUGCUAUGGAAACUAUCACUAUCAUUUACACAGGUCAGGAAGUCAUUGCACGUACCGUGCCUCUAGUGUCACUACUACUUUCCAAUAAACAUGACUCCAAAAUAUAA